UUGUAACAAAAUAUUAAGAAAUUUUACUUUCAUUUAAAAUCUAUGGCCAUUGCCAAUUUGAAGCUAUGGCUUGUUGGGGAACCAUAUUACUGAUAUUUUUGAUGACAGUAGCAAGGUAUAGCCUUGCAGAAGCAGCACAAAUACCACAAGAAUCUCCAUCAUUAUUAGCAAUAGCGAGUACUGUACAAAUCGAAUGUGCCAGUGAAUUUAUAAUAGUGCAUAUAUCGACUGAAGGUAAUAUUAAUUUCCAUGGCCUCGUCUAUCCUAGAGGUUUAUCAAAGAAUAGUUCGUGUUUGUACGAGUAUAGAAAUCAGCCAGCUCCAAUUACUUAUAGUUUACCUCUAAGAUCUUGCAAUACAAUGCCUUCUGAAUUGGAUGAUGGUGAAAUCGAAUAUUUUAAUACGAUAGUAGUGCAACCACACUUGAAAUUAGUCACGAAUCAGGGUAGAGGUUUUCAUGUACGAUGUCGGUAUCAGACUCGUGAUAAAGUUGUAUCAAAUGAUCAGACGCAAGUUGCCAUGCUGCAAUCGUUACCAUUGCAAGCAGCAGCACCAAUGCCAAGCUGCUCAAUGAAGAUCUAUAACGGUGAACCAUCGGCACAACAAAUUGCAGAAAAUGUAAAAAUAGGUGAUCCGUUAACACUAGUCAUUAAUAUUGAAACACAGGAUUUGUUUGGACUGCGAAUUUCUGAUUGCAUUGUUAGAGAUGGUAUUGGUUGGGGUGAACAGCGAUUAAUAAAUCAUGAAGGUUGUCCAGUGGAUGGCGAAAUUAUGGGACAAUUUACUUAUAGGGAUGACAAAACUGAAGCCAAAGUACAUUUCCAAGCACAUAAAUUUCCAUAUACAUCCAGCGUCUAUUAUCAAUGUAAUGUUAGCAUUUGCAUGAAGUAUAAAGGAGGAUGUGCUGAUACGCCACCACUCUGUACCGACAUAGCUCGACGUCGUAGAGAAACCAAGGAUAGUAACAUAAAAAAUACAGAAAUUAGCGACACUGGUGUACCAGCUACUAUUGAAGUAUAUAGCGGAUUUUACGUUAACGAGGCUGACGUCAUUCCAAAGUCGGAUUACUACGAUGUUUCCAAAGAACGAGCAUACGAUGACACAAAUUACAUCUGCAUGUCCCAGAAAAGCUUCGCCAUUGGUAUCGCUAUUGCUAGUCUCUUUCUACUAUUAGCCAUAAUUGGUGCAAUUUUCAUUCUUCUUGGCAAAAAGCGACACAAAAGCAUUUCAACGACGGGUUCAUCAAUAUACAGUGGACCAUAUACAAAUACUGCCUAUAGCCACAGCAGUUAAAAUUUUGUUAAUUAUAUUUCCAAAUUUU